UGGAUGUGUGUUUUUCAGCAAGUUAUCGUUAAGCUGUUGUAUCCUUAAUUAAUAUAGGUACUUAAUAUAUUUAAGGUAGUAACCACACUUGUUUUUACAUCAACUUGGUCAACUAAGAUCAUAAUCGGAAAGAAAUAUGCUCACUUUAUGGAAUUUAUUUGAAGCAACAUUGUUAUGUCUCAACGCAGUAUGUGUAUUACACGAAGAAAGAUUCAUGCAGAAAAUUGGCUGGGGAGCAAAUACCCAAACCCAGGGCUUUGAAGAUCAAUCUUCGAUGAAAUUCCAAAUUCUUAACUUGGUGAGGUCAAUUAGAACAGUUACAAAGAUUCCUCUCAUCAUACUCAAUAUCCUGACAAUAAUGUUCAAACUGUUACUGGGAUAAUGAACAUUGAUAUAGAAAUAUCAAUAGAAAAUAUAAAAAUCUUAAUAGUGUUA